UUCCAUAAAGGCUCGUGCUCGACGCGAGCGGGAGCAAGCCUCCUUCCUGAAGCGGCAAGAGGCCCCUCAGUUUCCUAGAGGCCCAGGGGUCGUCACAUGACCCGCGCGCUGACUGCCGGGAGCCAGGCCUCCUCGCCGAGUCUGCGCAGUCACGCGCGUCUGGCCUCACUGCUGUGCUUUUGCUGACGAGGAAGGUCCUGACGCCGCUUUGUAGACUGUUCUGUGGUGGGACUGGAGGGACGAGUUCGCCAGAGAGUGUGUCCUGAGUGGACAGGAGGCAGUGGGAGUGGAUGGGAGCGGCUGUUCAGGGUCUUUAGUGGGGCGAAGCACAGGCUGGGAAGAAGGGCGGGAGGACAGGGGAGGCGAGAGCAGGCUAGAGAAGUGGCCUGAAGAGCCAGCGUAGCGCUGAGAAAAAAGAAUUGAAGAAAACAGUGUUAUACGGCAUGGGGGGUAGUUGUUCGUAGUAACCUAGUUUCCAGCGCCUAAGAUGCAUAGCGCGGACAGCGGCGGUGACUGAUAUUUGUCACAGCAUGAGAACCCGCCUGUCCAUCAGGCCUGAAUUAGUUCAAGGCCUUAAGUUGUGACCGGAAGACAAACAUUUUUUUUACAGAGACAGAAGUGCACAUUGUGUUACUUUGAGAAAGGAGCGGGGAUGUAAAAGGAAAAGGGAACAUGGAGAGGGGAAGGGAGGGGAUCAGUGCUUGCCUGCUGGCUUCUCUGACACAUUUUCCCGCUCCCAAGGCAAAGUCGGCGCUGUUGUGCAUGUGUAGUAUUUUCUAUGUGUUAUGUUACUAUGAUAGUACUUAAACUUAUGUACUAUAAAGAUAUUAGCAGGGGUGUGGAAAUACUAUACUGAAUUCACUAAACAUUUUUCUAUUUUUAAACUUUUUAAUUGGUUCAUAUAGUUACAUAUAACAUUAAGGUUUAUUUUGACGUAAUUAUAAAUGCAUAGAGUAUAGUUUGCUCCAAUUCAGUCCUCAGUAUUUACCCCCCCCUCCUCUGUUCCUUUUCAUCUACUCUACUGAUCUCUAUUUACAGUUCUUAAAAAAAUUUAGUAUCUUGUGGAUAUAUAUAAUGAGGAGAUUCAUUGUAUUGUAUUCAUAUAUGUACAUUGGAAAGUUAGGUCAGAUUUAUUCCCCCGUUUUCCCUGUUAUUCCACUUCUCCUCCCUUCCCCUCAAUCCCUCUUUCUGCUCGACUAUCUUUCAUUUUGAUGGCAUUCCCCACCUACCAUUUUUUCCCCUCUCCCUCAACCCAUUUUAGAUUAGUUUCCGGAAAUAAUUUGACCCUGGACUUUCUGAGUCUGAUUUAUUUCACUUAGCAGUUCUCCAGUUCCAUCCAUUUACCAGCAAGUGACAGAAUUUUAUACUUUUUCAUGGCUGAGUAAUACUCCAUUGUAUAUAUGCUACAUUUUCUUUAUCCAUUCAUCUAUUAAAGGCCACCUAGGUUAAUUACAUAGUCUGGCUGUUGUGAAUUUAGCUGCUAUAAACAUUGAUGUGGUUGAUCUUUUGGGUAUAUAUGAAGGAGUGGGAUAGCUGGAUCAUAUGAUGGUUCUGUUCCUAGUUUUUUGAGUAAUCUGCAUACUGCCUUCCAGAGUGACUGCACUAAUUUGCAGUCCCAUCAGCAAUUUGUGAAUGUACCUUUCUCCCCACAUCCUCACCAACAUUUCAUAAUUACCAUUUUGACUGGAGUGAGAUGAAAUCUCAAUGUGGUUUUGAUUUACAUUUCCUUAAUUGUUAGAAAUGUUGAACAUUUUUCAUAUAUUACAAAUAUCUUUCUUUACAAAUUGGUUUUGCUUUUGCUGUCAUAUUAGUAAUGUGACUAAUUAGAUUCACUGUAAUUGUCCAACUCAGCAUAGUUUUUAAAAAAGUAACUUGAUAACUUGAAUGUAGAUCACUCUGAUGUAGAGACUAUACUCUCUUAGGUUCCAACACUUUUUAUUUAAGUUUAAACUGAGUAUCACAAACUUCUAGAAAAAAAAUACCUUUAGAAUUUAGGGAAAAGAAAAGAAAACCGACCAAAAACCAAAACCAAACAUUUUAUGGGAAAACAAUAUUAUGCUAUGGUAAGAUAAGAUAGGACUAUAGAAGCAACUUCAAACUAGAAGAGUUGUUUCUGGUCUGGCACAGGCUGACUUGUUUGAACUUGGUUAAACAUCUCUGUUUAAACAUUCCUGUUUUCUCAAUUGUGGAAAAAAAGAUACAUUGAAUAAGAUAAACUGUAAGAUCUGAUGAACUGUAAGAUCUACUUCAACAUUAAGAUUUUGUGAAGUUAGAAGAAUCCAAAUGAGCUAGUCCUAAAACAAGAUACAAAUGCCAGAGACUAGUGUGGCUGCUGAGUGUAUAUAAAGGAAGAGUUGAGAAUGAUGAGAAUAGUAGGUUGGCUUCAGAUGGUAGAGCAUAUAUUAGAAUUUGAACUUACCUUGAAGCAGUGGAUAGUGAAAGGUUUUUGAAUGAAGGCAGUGCAGUAAUCAAAGUCUUAAAAAAAUCAAAGUCUUAUCCUAAACAGUUGUUAGGAUAAAUUAAAGAAAGGGGAAAUUAAAUUUAAGUAAAUGGUCAAUUGUGAGACCCUAAAUAAAUAGCAGGAAAAGGAAGGGAUUCAAGAGAACUGUACAUAAAUUUGAUACUGUUCUAAACUUACAGUUUUUGCCUCCAGAAUAUUAUGGCAAAUCAUCUUGUAAAGCCUGAUUCUAGAAAUUGCAAGAGAACAAGAGAAUUGGAGUCUCAAAUGCCAGAUAGCCCACAGCUGUCCUCUCUUGGAAAAUCGGAUUCAUCUUUCUCUGAAUGUUCUGGACUGUUUUAUAAAGAUGAAACCUUAGAGAAAGAUUUAAAUGAUAUGAGCAAGGAAAUUAAUCUAAUGUUGUCUACGUAUGCAAAGAUCUUAAGGCAAGUAUUAAAGUAUAUUUUCUUGGGUCUUUAUGUUAGAAAUAGUAUUUGUCUCUUGGAAAUUCUGUAAUGGGAAGUUUAAUCCUGUUGCUGAGAAACCUUUCAAGUAAUUAAACUUUGGAAAAUUUUUUAUUCUAUCUCAAUUCCUUGUGAUAUAUUAGUUGGUUAUUUUCAGGGAAUAAACCCAAAUUUUCCACUAAACAUCCUUUGUUUUGGUAAUGCCAGAGCCAAAACUAGACUGCAUAUGUCUUGACCUCUUACUUAGAUGAUAUUGCAUUUAAACUUUUAUAUAAAUGCCUUUUUGAGAAAAAUACCAUUCAGUGAAGUUAAUUAUUAUAGAGUGAUAUUAAAUAUGAUGUUAUUUAAUAUACUUUAUCUUAUAUUUUAUCAUGUCUUUUUAAAAUAUAUAUAUUUUUUAGUUGUAGUUGGACACAAUACCUUUAUUUGGUUUAUUUGUUUUUAUGUGGUGCUGAGGAUCUAACCGAGGGCCUUGAAUGUGCUAGACGAGCACUCUACUACUGAGCCACAACCCAAGCCCCUAUCGUGUCUUUUUAUCUUUGUAUUUGAAGACUGAAUUUAGGUAUUUAAUUGGCGUAAGAUUAUGGUGAAUAUAAGGCGAUUUUUAAAAAAACUACUAGAUAGUCAUCAUACUUGAGUAAUAGUUUGUAUGGCUGUAAAAAUCACUUAUAUAAUUUAAUAUUAGUAUUAUAAUGUAUAAGAUUAUAAGUAUUAUGCAUGCUUUCUGCUGUGUCAGGAGACUGUGAGUAGUCAAAAAUGUUUUUGAGACUAAUUUAACAUUUUCUUAGUAAAUUAAUAAAGCUAUCUCAUGCACAUAGUCAUUUAAAUGAAAUAAUUAACAAAUCUUGUUUAAUAAAGAACAUUAUCAUGAUAAUGUUUAUAGACUAUGCAACUAUUUAGUUUACCAUAAAACUUUUUAUUCCCUAUUAGUGAGAGAGCAGCAAUAGAUGCAUCUUACAUUGAUGAGAUAGACGGACUCUUUAAAGAAGCAGAUAUUAUUGAAAACUUUCUCAUACAAAAAAGAGAGCUCCUGAGACAGAGGUUUACAGUGAUUGCAAAUACACUGCACGGAUAAAAUGUUUAAACUUAAGAUAAGCUGGGGAUUGAAACAUAUUGUUAUAAUGAAAGAAUGACAUGUAUGUUCUGAAGGCUUUCUAGUUGUUAAAAAAAAUGUAGAUCUUAAAGAAGAGGAAACUCCUUGAAUGUUUUUCUAGAUUUAAAAGGGCCUUUAAACUUAACGUUAAUAUGAAAUAUGUAACUUUUCUCUUAAAGGUCAAAUGUUUGGCAUAUUUUAUAAAAAUGUAAAUUAUUUAAAUCAUACAUGAAUUCUUUUCUUUCUUCUUUUUCCUAAAACCUUUCUUAAGCUUCUAAAGGAGAAUUCAGUUAAUUUGAUUAUGUGUAACAGUAUUAUACUUUUUUCUUACAGAAUGUUUUGUUUAAAAAGCAAAUAAUUUGGGACAUAAUGUAAAAUUUUUUAUGGCUAGUCUUAUAAAAGAAUAUUAAAGCAUUAAAGGUAAUUUGUUCAGUUUCUAAGUAUGUAAAACAGUAUAACUAUGUGCUAUUGUUAUUUAAUAUUAUUUGAUUAUUUUCACUAUUAUUAUAUAUAACUAAUACAAACUUGGUUUAAAAUAUGUUUCUGUGCUAAAAUAAAACCCAGAAAUUACUAACUAGAA